AACAUCGGUGGAAAACCAAUUGAAGACAGGUGACAUCUUUUUAACCGUUGUAUUUUCUAAGAAGCCGUACUCCUUUUUUGGUUACCUUUGCUCGGUUUUAACUGUGAAUAGUGGAACUUAUUUUCACUUCUGUUCAUAUUUGAGACGGUAACUUAGUAAGUUUCCAGAAAAGUUUUCAUUGUUGCUUAAACGUUCACUUGUUAGCAUCUUUUUUUCCUGCAGCUCAACUCUCUUCUACAUUCCAGGACUUGGUGGCCGGAUGAAUUCCUCAGAUAUGAGUCCACUAUCCUGGUCUUUCUUCACCCUGCUGACAGCUGCUUGCCAGAGUCCAGAUGAAUGCCAAAGAGGAGCCCGGAGUGCUGGAGUGAAGUGUGCCAGCCUGCAUCUGAAACCCCAUCUCCAUCACAACACUGGGACAGCACUGCUCCCUCCAGGAUCCGAUGAUUACAGGGCAGCUGAGCAAGCCGCUGCUCUCCCUGCGCAGCGACAUGAGCGCGGCAGAACUCCGGGCAGACGACAAAGCGGCCAGCCCAGACAGCGAUCUGAACGACGAGCCCCUGCUCCUGCCCUCUGAGGCCACGGACAGAGACGGCACCCCCAACAAGCUCUACGGAGCUCGAGACGGCUCAGUCCAGUCGGAUGCCAGCAGCAGUCCUUCAGAGCAGAGUCAUCUGGGCCAGACCCACCCAGCGUACCACAUGGGUCCACAGUCUCUCCUGGUUGCCCAGCAGCUGGCCAACGCAGUAGGCGGUGUGAUGUCUGGGGCAGCACAAGGCAUGAACCAACCCAUCCUUAUCCCCUUCAACGCAGGAGGACACCUGGGAGGACAGCAGGGCCUCGUCCUCUCCCUGCCCACGGCCAACAUCCAGAGCCUGGUGGCUGCUGCUGCUGCAGGGGGCAUCAUGACGCUCCCCCUCCAGAACCUGCAAGCUACCUCAUCACUGAACUCCCAGCUCCAACACCUGCAGCAGCUCCAACAGAUGCAGCAGCACCACCAGCAGCAGCAACAGCAACAUCAGCAGCAGCAGCAACAGCAGCAGCAACACCACCAUCAUCACCAACAAACCCACUCCCACACCCAGAACCAGCUGCCACCCCAGCAUCACAUGACCCCACCCAGCCAGCAGCAGACGUCUGUCCCAUCUCCGGGCUCGGCCUGCUCCUCCACCUCUGGACAGCCGCAGCUGUCCCCGCCACACCGGCAGAACCAGUCGCCGGCCCGCAGCCUACCUUCACCCGUCACACCACCCAUGCCUCUGCCGCUGAAUCCACUGGCCAGCCAGGCGGCGGUAGCAGCAGCAGCAGCCAUGGGAUCCAUUGCCGGGUCACAGGUGUUUGGAAACACCCUGUCAAACCUGCAAGGAGCCUCCGGACAGCUCGUCACAAACGCACAAGGCCAGAUAAUUGGAACAAUCCCACUGAUGCCCAACUCUGCAGGGCCCUCCAGCCAAUCAGGGGGUGGCAACCCAGCACUGCAGGUACAGCCAAUUACACCUCAGCUUCUGACCAACGCUCAAGGCCAGAUCAUCGCCACGGUGAUCGGCAAUCAGAUCCUGCCUGUCAUCAACACCCAGGGAAUCACGCUGUCACCAAUCAAGCCCGGACAGCAGCAGGUUCAGUCAGGCCCUGUGUCAUCUCAGCCCAACAUGCUCCACAUGCCCCACAGACAGAGUCCCCUCCACCAGGCCUCCUCCUCCUCCUCCACUUCCUCCUCCUCCUCAGCACUCAGUGUGGGGCAGCUGGUCAGCAACCCGCAGACCGCCCCCAGCGAGGUGGACGGGGUCAACCUGGAGGAGAUCCGUGAAUUCGCCAAAGCUUUCAAGAUCCGCCGGCUGUCCCUGGGCCUGACACAGACUCAGGUGGGCCAGGCGCUCAGUGCGGCCGAGGGUCCGGCGUACAGUCAGUCUGCCAUCUGCAGACACACCAUCCUGAGAAGCCACUUUUUCCUACCACAGGAAGCCCAAGAGAACACUAUAGGUAGCAGUCUGACAGGCAAACUGAACCCUGGCCUUUUAUAUCCUGCCAGGUUUGAGAAGUUGGACAUCACCCCUAAAAGCGCCCAGAAGAUUAAGCCCGUUCUGGAGCGCUGGAUGGCCGAGGCUGAGGCCCGCCACCGAUCCGGCAUGCAGAACCUGACUGAGUUUAUCGGCAGCGAGCCUUCCAAAAAACGCAAGAGGCGGACCUCUUUCACCCCACAGGCGCUCGAGAUCCUCAACAGCCACUUUGAGAAGAACACGCACCCCUCCGGACAGGAAAUGACGGAAAUAGCAGAGAAACUGAACUACGACAGGGAGGUGGUGCGGGUCUGGUUCUGCAACAAGAGGCAAGCUUUGAAAAACACGAUAAAGCGUUUGAAAUCGCCUGAGCUGGGCCCGACUGUAUCCAUGGACCCUCUCACUGAUUCUCUAGAGGAGCUCCCCAAAUGAACGAGCUCCUCCACAACAACAUAAAAAAAAAAAGUGGAGUGGAAAAAUGGCAGCCAUUGAAAACAAGAAAGGGGUGGAUGAACUCAUCUUGAAACGAGAACUGAAAAAUGUUCCUGAGUCACCUGGAUGGACAGUUUACAAACAAAAACUAUGUGUUGUCAGUGUGAUUACCACAGCUAUGUAAAUGAACUUGGCGAAACCAAAAACAUGAAAAAAGAGAUUAAUAUGUGAGAAAUAUGUAAAAAAAAAAAAAUGGUGUGCUGUUCAAAGAGUUUUAGAUUCUGGCCGUACAGACCAGACUAUCGCCCAAAUUUUGGUUCCCACGAGGAGGGAUUUAGUAAAGAGAUCAUACCAAAUCAAAACACUAUUUACCAAAGUCUGUUGCAUCUGAGUACUAAGAAUAAUUUUGUAAUGUAAAUGUGCUCUAAAUUUUUACAUUUGUACUGGCAGAUCUAAGCUAUAUGUGUGAGGUUGAGUAUACAUUUUGUCUCGCUUACUUUUUUCUUCAUUGUUUGUAUGUAAAUAUCUUUCAAAGAAAAAAAGAAAAUGCUGUCUUCUGAUUAAAAUCUCACUGAUAAAGUUCUCUUUUUGGACAAAAAAAAUACCUUUACUGUUUAACAAUUGCAUAAUGAUGAUGUUUCCCUCUGAUUUGUGUUUCAUCUGCAAAUAUUUUCAGUCACAGUGUAACUUUGUACAACUUUUACAGGUAUUUAUUAAUAAUCUCAUGAGAUUGUUUCAGAGGACGUCAGAUGGAGAGUAAACUAAGGACUUUAACAUGAUGAUGAGGAUGAUGAUGAUGACGGGGAUGAUGAAGGGUUUCUGUCAAGUCGACUGCAGCUUUGUUUUGAGCUACUGUGUCAUUCUGUUGCCAAAGCCUGAUAGCCAAAGAACACAUCAAUUUCAGCUCAAGGACUGGUGGAGAUUUUACCUUUUUAUUCUUUAUGUUUAUUUCUUCACACGGCUCUUUCCCUCCCUUUCUUAAAUAUUUCACACUGUGGGUCGAGUUUAACAAAAAAAAAAACUCUCAUGUCAAACA